AACAACAAACGCAAGCAAACGUCAUAAACAAAAUAUAAAUAAUACGUUCAAAAUAUUAUUGUGAAAUUAUUCAAUAAAUUAAAUAUGUAAUUGUUGAUGUUUUAUAAUUACUGCUAGUGUUUUGUUUUGUAAAAAAAAUGUUUGAUCAUUAAUUGUUGAUGUUAUUAUAAAUACACUGUGAUACAUAACCUCAUACUUUUAUAUCAAAAACAAUAAUAAAAUUUAUAAUUAAUUUAUUUUAAUUGUAAAAUUUAAAUAAACAUUAUAAAAUAUGUCUGACGACGAGGUUGAAGGAUUUGAGAUAACUGACUGGGAUUUGGAUAAUGAAUUUAAUCCAAAUCGAGUCAGAAGAAGAAUGACAAAAGAACAACAAAUGAUAGGUGUCUUUGCGGAUGACAGUGAUGAAGAAAGAGCACCAAAACCAGCAUUCAAAAGGUUUGAAAAAAAGGGGCCAAAAGGUUAUCAAGGACCAGUUAGAUUUGUCUCUGCUGGAAUUCAACAAGCCGGUAAAAAAAAAGAAGAAGCUAAAAAAGAUGAUAAUCAAAAUGACGAUGAUGAUGUUGAUGAUGAUGAUGAUGACACAGCAAGAGCUAGACGUGGUGAUGCUGAUUAUGUACCAAAUAGUUCAAGUGAAUCAGAAGAAGAUGAUUCCAAUUCAAGACCAUCAAAUGUAAAAAAAACUUUUUCACUAAAUACAGAUAGUGAUAUUGCUGGUUUACGUAAAAAACGUGCACCAAUGAGUUCAUCAAUAAUGAAAACUGGUAUGGGUGGUUGGGAAACAUAUACAAAAGGUAUUGCUAGUCAAAUAUUAUUAGGUAUGGGUUACGAGCCUGGUAAAGGACUUGGUAAAAAUCAACAAGGUAUAACAGCACCAGUUGAGGUGCAUUUACGUAAAGGUAGAGGUGCAAUUGGUGCUUAUGGUCCAGAAAAAAAAACUAAAAUACAAGAACAAAAAAAAGAUGAAGAUUUAGAAGAAGAAAAAGAAUUUAAAGUUAAAUUAUCACAAUGGCGUAAAGGUGGUACUGGUGGUGAUGUUAAUAGUAAUAAAAAAAAAAUUAAAUAUCAUUAUAGAAGUGUUGAUCAAGUAUUAGAAGAUGGUAAAUUACGUCCAAAUAUUAGAGCAACACCUGGUAGUGAAUUAAGUCGUGUUAAAGUUAUUGAUAUGACUGGUCCUGAGCAAAGAGUUCUAAGUGGUUAUCAUGCAAUUGCUGGACAAAAAUAUCCUGAUGAAUUAAUAACUGAAGUUGAUAAUAGACGUUCAACAACAAAUUUUUCACUUCCUGAAUUACAACAUAAUUUAAAUUUAAUUGUUGAUAUGUGUGAACAAAAUAUCAUUCAAAAUGAUAGAAAAAAACGUUAUCUCAGUGAUAGAAUUGUAUCAUUAGAAGCUGAACAAAAAAGUACUGCUAAAAUUGUUGAUCAUCAUGAAAAAUUAAUUGACACAUUAGAUAAUGUAUUAUCAAUUGUUGAUAAAUUAAUGAAUAGUAACGAAGACAUGUCAUUAAAAGAAAUAGCUGAUGCAUUUAAAAAAAUUCAAGAUAAAUAUUAUGAUGAAUAUAAAAUAAAUGAUUUAGGUGAAUUGGCAAGUAGUAUUGUUUCAGUUAAAAUUAAAAAUAAUCUUGCAACAUGGAAUCCACUUGUUGAUACAAAAUAUCCAUUAAAUAUUAUUAAAGAAUGGAAAGAUAUUUUAGAAACUGGUAAUAAUAUUAAUCCAAGAAAUGGAAUGAAUCCAUAUGACAGAUUAAUUUGGAAUGCCUGGAUGCCAUCAGUAAGAGGUGCAGUACAACAAUGGGCAUGCAGAGAACCAGAUGGAAUUAUUGAUUUGAUUGAAAAUUGGAUGCCACUUUUGCCUUCUUGGAUUAUGGAUAAUAUUCUUGAACUUCUUAUUUUACCAAAAUUAACACUUGCUGUUGAAGAAUGGAAUCCUCUUACUGAUACAGUGCCAAUUCAUACUUGGAUUCAUCCAUGGUUACCACUUUUAGGUAAUCGUAUGGACACAUUGAUAUAUCCUAUUAUAAGAAGAAAAUUAGGAUCAGCUUUGGGUGUAUGGUAUCCAUCUGACAGAUCAGCAAGACUUAUGCUACAACCAUGGGCACAAGUAUUUUCAAAAGGUGAUAUGGAUGCAUUUUUGGUUAAAAAUAUAUUACCAAAACUUGAAAUUGCAUUAUCACAAUUUGAUAUUAAUCCACGUGAACAACAUAUGGAAUUGUGGAGAGUUGUAUAUGAAUGGUCAACUCUUCUUCCAAAUCAUACAAUGGUUGGUUUAUUGGAUAAAUAUUUUUUCCCAAAUUGGCUAAGAACCUUGGCAAUGUGGCUCAAUCUUUCACCAAAUUAUGAGGAAGUUUCUAAAUGGUAUACUGGAUGGAAAAAUGAAUUAAGUGAUAAAUUAUUGGCUGAACCAACUAUCAAAGAAUGGUUUAAAAAGGCGUUAGAGUUGAUGAAUCGUGCUCUUAGAUUUAAUGACUCAUUAGAUUUAACAAAUGCAAAUAUUUUAAAUCAUCAAGCUAGUGCUAUGGAAAAUGUAUCAUAUCGCACAAACUUGGAACGUUCACAAGCAACUAUGACACAAAUACCAGCAAUGACACAACCGCAAAUUGAGAGACUUGCUGAAGUUAUGAGAUCAACCAAACAAAUGCCAGAAGAUUUUAAAGAUCUCGUUCAAUUAAAAUUAGAAGAAAGAGGAAUUCUUUUUGUUCCAAUAACAAAUCAAUACAGAGACUCAAAACAAGUGUACAGAGUUGGUGAAACACUUAAAGUAUAUGUCAAUGGUUCUGUUCUUUAUGUUUGUCAUAAUGGUAAUAAUUUCAAUCCAUCAACAUUACAAAAUUUACUUGACAUUGCUGAGGGUGAAUCAAAAACUCCAAUAUUUCGUAAUAAAAUUUUUUAAAUAUAAUUUAUAUAGAAAUAAAUAAAUAUUAAUUUCUAAAAUUAA